AUGGUCUACCAACCUCUCACCACGCACGAAAUCACGGAACGUGCAGAUGGCUUUCAAACCAUCCCCAUUGUCAUUUUCGACACCAAGAUCAUCACCAUUUCGCCGGCCCCAAUCGCCAGCAUCCACGGCCCCAUUGCGACAAACUACCCCGGGAUCAUCGUCACCGGUGAAGACGGGAGGGUAGAGGACGCUCCGGACUCAGAACCGCCAACCCCGCCCCGGCACGGAACCACUCCCCAGCCGGCGCCAGCGCCCGCACACGCGCAGUCACCGAUGCCAGUUCCUGGCCCUGCGCGGUCACCAGCUGCGCGGUCACCAGUCCCGACAGCAUCUGGGAUUGGAAUACCAACGGCAACCAACAUUGGACAGGCAAACGCGCUGUCGCAAUUGCAGCCGUCGCAAGUGCGGACAAUGCGGGAGGCGUUUCAGAUCCUCGAUCGCGAUAGCGACGGUGCUGUGAAUAGGGAGGACAUAGCCGACAUGCUUAACCAGCUAGGCUUGCCGUCAACCCCAGUAGACGUCGCACAAUUCUUCCCUCCAUCGGGACCCCAAACCAUGACGAUGGCCAUGUUCUUAAAUUCCAUAGCAACUCCGCUAGCUGCAAUGUCCCCGCCAUCCGAGCUCAUAUCAGCCCUCGAAGCAUUCGAUGACGAUGAUAGCGGGCAGAUUGACGUGGAGGAACUCCGGGAUGCUCUGUUACACACGGCUCCAGAGCCGGGUCAGCGGCCAUUGACAGCUGCUGAUGUUGACAAGGUUAUCAGUGGCUUCACCGGCCGUAGAGCCUUCUCCAAGAGCAGCAGCAAGGCGGGGUCUCUUGGCCAGGCCAAGCGGGGUGAUGUGUUCAGGUACCAGGAUUUCGUCAACAUGCUCAUUGGUAAGAACGCAGGAGGGGAGCAAGCAUCCGAAAUGGCCGAGGCUGCAUGA